AUGGAUUCUCCAUUCUACGGGAACUAUCGGUCUCAGCCAGCUCGCCCUCGCUAUUCCUCAAACAUCCGAGGAAUACCAGUCGAAUCUGUCCGCCAACAACCGGCCGCAGUCAAACCGGCGGCGAAGGUUGUUCAGAUUCCGGUCCACUUCGUCGGGUCGGAUACGGAGCGGGCUGUUUUACGGAAACCUGAGCCGGACCGGUCUGGUUCAGCUUUGAGGAUUCAGAAGGUAUUCAGAGGGUUUCUGGUGAGAAAAUGUGUGAAGAGGAUUAAGACGAUUAAGAAGGAGGUGGAGGAUGUCGAGCGGAAGCUUCUGCGUAGGGAAACGGCGGAGUUGAUUUGUAGAGAUGAAAGGGAGAGGUUGCGGGUGAAUGAGACGUUGAUGUCUUUGCUUUUGAAGCUGGAUUCGGUUCGUGGAGUUGAUUUCGGUGUUAGGGAGUUGAGAAAGGCUGUGAUUAGAAAGGCUAUUUCCUUGCAAGAGAUGGUUGAUUCUAUUGUUUCUGAAGCUAAUCAAAUUCCAGCUGAAGAGGAGAAUCGAUGUAAUGAUUCUGAUGAACUCUCUGAAUCAGCCAAUCAGACCGGAGACAUCACCGAUCCUACAGGAAAUCGGGCUGAAGAAUAUGGAAAAUCGACAAAUCAGAGUGAAAAUUCUGAUCUGAUAGAGCAGAGUGUGGAUGUAGAGAAUCCAGCGGCAACACCCGGAGAGGGAGAACACGCCGUGGUGCCUUCGGUAAAGGAGGAAACAGAUUGCCCGAUGGGUGAAUGUAUGGAGGGAAGUGUGAUUGAAGGAGUUGAUGAUGAGGAUGAAGCAAAGCAACGCAGGGUUGAUGGGGAAGAGGAGAGUAGAAGAAACAGAGAGUUGUUGGAGAAAAUGGUGGAAAAGAAUGAGAAAAUGAUGAGAAUAAUGAACGAGCUGUGCCAGAGAAAUGAAAUGCAAACACGGAUGCUGAAUUCGCUGACGCAGAGGGUGGAUCAAUUAGAGAAAACCUUCACAUGUGAUAGGUUGAAGAAGAAGAAGAAGAGGCAUCCUGCUUAA